AUGACACUGGCAAGAAGCGCCUAUUACCUGACUCAUAAAUUCACGUACGAUCGCAAAGUACAUUUUACAGCCUUGAAGAUGGAUGCUGUUCACCUCUUUCAACUGCUAAUAGUAGUGAUUCAUGCUAUUAGUAGCAGUCUUACUGUUUCUAAAUCUACCAGCCUCCCGCUUGUUAUUAAUACUUGGCCCUUCAAAAAAGCUACAGAAAAAGCCUGGAGUGUGAUUAAUAAUGGAGGAUCUAACCUGGAUGCAGUUGAAAAAGGCUGUUCUGUAUGUGAAAUUCAGCGUGUGUGCAGUGACAGUGUUGGAUAUGGAGCACAUCCGAAUGAGAAAGGGGAGACAACUCUUGAUGCCAUGAUUAUGGACGGGGUUAGCCACCGAGUUGGUUCUGUUGGGAACCUGAAGCGAGUGAAAGGUGCCAUUUCUGUAGCCAGGGCUGUCAUGGAUUAUACACAACAUACAAUGCUUGUAGGAAAUGAUGCUACAAUGUUUGCCCAGGAAAUGGGUUUUACCAUCACGCCACUGUACACAAAUGAAUCUCUCAAAGAGUGGAAUGAUUGGUUGCACAAUAAAUGCCAACCAAACUACUGGCAGAAUGUCCGCCCAAAUCAUACAGAAAGUUGUGGACCCUACAAACCAAUACAAAGACAUACAGUGCCUUUACCCUCACACCAAAGCAUUUCAAAGGACAACCAUGAUACUAUAGGAAUGUUGGUGAUCGACAAGAAUGGUAACAUUGCUGGUGGAACCAGCACAAAUGGAAUGAACCACAAAAUUCCAGGGAGAGUUGGUGAUUCCCCCAUCAUUGGAUCAGGUGCAUAUGUAGAUAAUGAUAUUGGUGGGGCUGUGGGGACUGGUGAUGGGGAUGUUAUGAUGCGGUUUGUCCCUAGUUUUCAUACUGUUCAGUUGAUGCUAAAUGGUUUGUCACCUGAAAAAGCAGCUCGUAGCGCUCUGAAGCCAAUCAUCAAGAAAUACCCAGACUUCAGUGGUGCCAUUGUUGCAGCUUCCAUUUCAGGAGAAUAUGGUGCUGCCUGUCAUAAUUUUGGAGGAAAAGUUCAGUAUACAUUGCAGACUCCUUCCCUGAAAAAUGCCACCAUAUUCACAGUUAAAUGUUCUAUGAGCAGCAAAUAA